GCCUCAUACACCAUCGACCCCUCUGAGGAUCUCCUCCUUUCGUUCGAAGGAGAAUCUGCCUUGGCACGAAAAAUCCAACAAAAGAGUCGAAGGGCAUCGUCAGGGAAAAGGCUUAGAAAAAUGCGCACCUCUGAUACCAGGCCACAAAUCUCGGAGAAAUUACUAAAUGACCUCCCGAUAUGGGUAUUCUGGUACGCCGUAUUCGAAUUUCUGCACAUGGAGGUUUUGUCAGACUAUGAUGUCGUCUUCGGAAUUACCAUUUACACGUGGGUUGCGCUUUACAUGACCACGAAACGCCGGUACCAUGAGUAA